AUGUUUAACACCAAACACCCCCUGUCCUGUGCUUGCUCUGCACUCCGUUCUGUCUGCACUCCACUGCUUCUGCUUUCUGUGCCACGUGGCGUGAUGCAGUUGGACGACACCCAUGCCCCUCCGCCCUCUGUUCCUCGCCUUCUUUCUCUGCAACCUGACUACCUGGUAAGGAGAUAUAAAUCAUUCAUACGCCGUCCCGGUAUAGCCGCAGGGAUUGCCAUUACUGCACCACACUCCCUCUCCCACCUGUCCCCUCCCCCGUUUCUCUUCCCCCAUUUCCCCUCCCCUUUUUCCCCUUCCCUCACUUCGCCUCCCCAUUUCCCUUCAUCCAUUUCCCCAUGCCUCUCCGCUGCCCCUCUCAACCAGCAGAUCUCCUCCCUCGCCUUCCCUUCUCUCCCCCACCCGUUUCCCCCCUUCUCUCUCACUCCUUCAUUCUCCCCCUCUUCCCCUCCCCCCUCCCAACCACCAGGUCCCCUCCCUCGCCUUCCCUUUCCUCCUCGUGGCUCUCCUCUUUCUCGGCCCUCUCACCCUCUCCGCAUUCAACUCGCUCCAAGCCCUAGCCACUGCGAGGCAUAG